CUUUGAAUCGAACCGUUAGAUCUUGAGAAAAGCAAAUAAAAUGGCCGGAGUUAACGUUUUGCAAUCAGCCAUGGUGGCUAGCCCAGUGCUACGUAAUUCUAACCGGACUAGAGUUAGCCAACUUUUGUCUACUUCGUAUGCACCAACGUUACGUAAAAUGGUCCACACCACCACAGUGAGAUGCAUGGCAGGGGGAGAAAAUCAAGAUCUGCCCUCAGCAAAGCCAAAGGUGAGCACCAAUUUCUCCGAUGUGUUGGCAUUUAGCGGUCCAGCGCCGGAGAGGAUCAACGGGAGGCUAGCCAUGGUCGGGUUUGUGGCAGCAAUAGCAGUGGAGCUAGCUAAAGGGCAAGACUUGUUAACACAAGUAUCCGACGGUGGAAUAACUUGGUUUGUAGGAACAAGUGUGCUGCUCUCUCUCGCAUCGUUGAUCCCAUUGUUUAAAGGGAUCAAUGCGGAAUCCAAGUCCGAUGGUGUCAUGACAUCUGAUGCUGAGCUCUGGAACGGGCGAUUUGCUAUGUUAGGGUUGGUCGCAUUGGCUUUCACCGAGUUCGUGAAAGGUGGAGCUCUUGUGUAGUUUAUACUUCAUCGUCAAGUCCUUCUUAAAUAUCGGACACAAUGUAUUAUACUAAAAUAUUUGUUAGCUACAUAUUGAAAAAAAAAAACUAUCUCCUAGUGAUGCUUUCACUUAUAUUAAUUAUCUAUUUAGCUUCAUUUUUUUUUUU